CUUUCCUUCUUCGGGAGUCUUUUGGCGCGAGAGAGAGAGAUGGGGGCGGAGAGGAACAAUGGGAAUUGUACGGCGAUGCGGUCGCUGCCACCGGUCUCGAUCUCGAGGUGUUCCCAUUACUCCUCUGUGACCUCAGUGGUGGAAAAGAUUGCGUAUAGAAGCGAGGGUGAUGAUAUUGCAGCUUGAAUUUUCGAUGAUUCUUCAACAUGUGGAUCACCAAGAUGGAUUGGAAGGGGUCUUUCUUGUGUUUGCAUGAAGCGAAAGGGAAUAUAUGAGCGCAUCUGUGUCAAUCUUUCACCUUUACAGGAAGAAAGACUUCAAAGAUUGAAGCAUCGCAUGAACAUUUACUUUGAUCCCUCUAGGAGAGAUCAUCAGGAAGCUCUCAGAGCUCUAUGGUAUGCCACAUACCCAGAUCAAGAACUCCAUGGUCUGAUAUCUGACCAGUGGAAGGAAAUGGGAUGGCAGGGGAGAGACCCAUCAACCGACUUCAGGGGGGCUGGAUUUAUUUCAUUGGAGAACCUGCUUUUCUUUGCAAAGACAUUUUCUACUUCUUUUCAGAGGCUGCUGAAUAAGCAAGGUGGGAAGAGAGCUACUUGGGAGUACCCAUUUGCAGUAGCCGGUGUGAACAUUACAUUUAUGAUAAUGCAAAUGCUUGAUCUGCAGUCUACAAAGCCAAGGACUUUUGUUAGAGCUGUUUUCAUCCAAAUGCUGUCAGAGGACGAGUGGGCGUUUGACUUGCUUUAUUGUGUGGCUUUCUUGGUUAUGGACAAGCAGUGGCUGGAAAAGAAUGCUUCCUACAUGGAAUUCAACGAAGUUUUGAGAUCAACUCGUGCACAGCUGGAGAGAGAACUUCUGUUGGAUGAUGUUAUGCGGAUAGAAGACAUGCCAUCAUACAGCCUUCUUUGCUAGCAGUGUGGCUAGUGGAAGACUCAAUAAUCAAAUGUAUAGUCUCAACUUUUCUCGCUUUUGUUUCCUCUUUCUCAUGCUUCCAAAAAAAUUUUGAUGACCUUUACCUCUUUAUACUAACAGCACAGUUUACAUUUUGAGCAUUCAAGCUUGGCUGCAAGUAAUUGGGUUGGUUUCCCUAUAUUAAGCUACACAUUGAAGAGCAGCUAAUAUUAAGAUGAACCUAAGUUCAUCUUUAAUCUUUAAUAUGUGCAUCCAACAUAUUUCUUCCAUAAUAUUAUGAUUUCAGCUGGGGAUAGAUCUGAGCAGAGAUGCUUAGAUGGCAUGGUAAGUAUUUUGUGAAUUCAGAUUAGAAGUGGUUUUAUUUUUUUUAAUUUUUAAUUUUUAUUUUUAUUUUUGAUGUAAUUGAGUUAGAGAAAAUCUAACUCAGAUUAUUAUUAUUAAUAUAUUUAGGUACAGAUAGAAAUGAUUACAUAUAGUUGUAAUGUGGAGUUGGGAAUAUGUUCUCAUACAAAGUCUGGACUUUUCAGUUAACAGAGAUACAGGCUCUGUAAAUUUGCAAUUUCAUGCACUGUAAUGUUGGGGCCCUACAGA